AUGGAGAGCAAAAGAGUUGCAAUGGUUACAAUGAUGAUAGUGAUAGUAAUGGGAAACCUUCUGGCUGAAACAAGAGCUGAGAAAAUUCCUUUUAUGCAAUGUUUUCCUUCUUGUCUUGUAGAGUGUAAAGGUGAUUUACAAAAGUUUCCACAGUAUAUGAUUUGUCCAUUUACGUGUCUCAAAGCUUGUCUUCAUCCAACUCCAUCUACUCCUCCUCCUUCUUCGAGUUCUCUCUUUUCUGAGAAAAUUAUGGACCAAAGUGAUGAUUUAUGCAAAUUCGGUUGUGCUGUGCAUCGUUGUGCUUCCCUUUCUACUAUCCAAGAUCCAAAUGUGGAGAAAGUCACAGCUUGUGUUGAUUCAUGUUCGAACGAGUGUUCCAACAAGAACUAA